AUGUUCAAUAUAGUUUUAUUAGUGGUUCUAGUGUUAGAGAUUUAAGCUGAUAAAUUAGUAUAAAUUCAAGCAUUAUGGAGACAUGGUGCAAGAACACCAAUCUUUUGUAAUUGGAAUUGUAUGUAUUUCAGAAGUCAUGAAAUGCUUGAAGGUUAUUUAACACCUACAGGAAUGAGGUAACAUUAUGUCUUAGGUUAAUGGAUGAGAGAAAAAUACAUUGUAAAAAACAAAUUAUUAAGUGAUACCUUUAAUGCAUCAGAAAUUACAAUUUAUGCCACAGAUGUUAAUCGUACAAUCAUGAGUGCAAUGAGUAAUUUCUAAGGAAUGUACUCAAAUAAUGGUCCUAAUGUUCCUAAUAAUGUAGAAGAGUCAUUUCUUAAACCCCCUAAUCNAACACUACCCUCUGAUCCUUAUCCUAAGAGUUUUGAUAAUUUAAACUAUCUAUUAGGAUACUAUCCUGAAGGUGCUGAUAUUAUUGUGCCGACAUUUAUUUAGUUAAACUAAUUCUAUUAAUACAUAAUUAAAUAAUAUUAGAAUAGAUUUAAUAAAUUUUUCCUUAAGAUUUAAUUUUUUUCUAAAACUUUGUUAAAUUCAUUAAAUUAGAAAUCAAACUAGAUGAACUGA